AGCGCAAGGGUUCAUGGGAAAUGUAGUUGUUCAAGGAAGACUACAUCCAGCUCAACACUAGGUGGCAGUGACGCGCACCGUUCCGCCACUAAACUAGAAGAAGAACGUAAACACAUCGCGCGCUGCCUGUGUGGUUAACCUGCUGGUGAAGGAUCGGCCAUGACGGGCGUGAGCGCGUUUCACAAGAGCUACGGCAACAACACCAAGGACCCCGACGCCAGGAUGGACGUGGACGUGGACUCGAGCCGCGCCGGCAGCGAGCGGGGAGACGCGGACGGCGGCGCCGCGGCCGCCUGCUCCUCCAACGGCAGCGGCGGCGAGGACGACGACCCGGAGGCCCCGAGCCGGCCCCGAGAAGCCGGGGGCUCGAGUAAUCAAUACGCCGCGGACGGAGCGGGGGGACACGGCGGCAGGGAGCAAGAAGUGUCGGUGGAAAUUGGAGAGACGUAUUUGUGUCAAAGAGCCGACAAGACGUGGCAUACAGCAGAGGUGAUUCAGUCCCGGCUGAAUGAGCAGGAGGGCAGGGAGGAGUUUUACGUUCACUAUGUGGGAUUCAACAGACGCCUGGAUGAAUGGGUGGGUAAAUCCCGCCUGGCUCUCACCAAGACUGUGAAGGAUGCAGUGAGAAAGAGCACAGAGGUCGGAGGUGUUGGUGAUCUGGGGGAUCAGCCUGAGAGGAAGAUCACUCGCAACCAGAAGCGCAAGCAUGAUGAGAUCAACCAUGUCCAGAAGACGUAUGCAGAGAUGGACCCGACAACAGCUGCACUGGAGAAGGAGCACGAGGCGAUCACCAAAGUGAAAUAUGUGGAUAAGAUCCAGAUAGGGAACUUUGAGAUUGAUGCCUGGUACUUCUCCCCGUUUCCCGAAGACUACGGGAAGCAGCCCAAGCUGUGGAUCUGCGAGUACUGCCUCAAAUACAUGAAAUAUGAGAAGUCAUUCAGAUAUCACUUGUCGCACUGCCAGUGGAGGCAGCCUUCAGGCAAAGAGAUAUACAGGAGAAGUAAUAUAUCAGUGUUUGAGGUUGAUGGGCGAGACCACAAGAUCUACUGCCAGAAUCUUUGUCUACUAGCGAAGCUGUUUCUUGACCACAAGACGCUUUAUUUUGAUGUGGAGCCGUUCAUUUUCUACAUCCUCACUGAAGUCAAUAAACAGGGAGCACACAUCGUCGGCUACUUCUCCAAAGAGAAAGAGUCUCCAGAUGGGAAUAACGUGGCCUGCAUCCUUACACUGCCUCCGUACCAACGCAGAGGCUACGGAAAGUUCCUCAUAGCCUUCAGUUAUGAGCUGUCUAAGCUGGAGAACACGGUGGGUUCUCCAGAGAAGCCUCUGUCUGAUCUGGGGAAGCUGAGCUACAGAAGUUACUGGUCCUGGGUGCUGCUGGAGAUCCUCAGGGACUUCAGGGGAACGCUCUCCAUCAAGGAUCUCAGCCAGAUGACCAGCAUCACGCAGAGUGACAUCAUCAGCACGCUGCAGUCACUCAACAUGGUGAAGUACUGGAAAGGUCAGCACGUCAUCUGCGUCACACCCAAACUAGUGGAGGAGCACCUGAAGAGCGCCCAGUAUAAGAAACCGCCCAUCACAGUUGACACCGUGUGCUUGAAGUGGGCGCCUCCAAAAAACAAACAAGUAAAGUUGUCGAAGAAGUGAGACGGAGAUGCCACACUUGUCUUCAGUUUGUGAAUAUCACCUGCCAAGUUACCUGAUUUCUCUUACACACAAUGUAUAUAGUUGUUUCUAGCCUCUGUCUUUAUUUUUUAUAAUAAAUGUGAACGUACAGAAAAAAAGUCCACUCA